CAUCUCAUCACCAACCACCAAUCCAUUCCCCACCAGCACCUUCCGGCGAAACACAGCACCUCUCCCCGGCGAAGCAGCAGCGUCCAAUGGCCCCCAAGGCGGAGAAGAAGCCGGCUGCCGCGGAGAAGACCCCGGCGGCCGAGAAGACCACGGCCGGGAAGAAGCCCAAGGCCGAGAAGCGGCCCCCGAAGUCCAAGGAGGGCGGCGCUGACAAGAAGAAGAAGAAGGCCAAGAAGAGCGUGGAGACGUACAAGAUCUACAUCUUCAAGGUGCUGAAGCAGGUGCACCCGGACAUCGGCAUCUCCUCCAAGGCCAUGUCCAUCAUGAACUCCUUCAUCAACGACAUCUUCGAGAAGCUCGCCGGCGAGUCCGCCAAGCUCGCCCGCUACAACAAGAAGCCCACCAUCACGUCCAGGGAGAUCCAGACCUCCGUACGCCUCGUCCUCCCCGGCGAGCUCGCCAAGCACGCAGUGUCCGAGGGCACCAAGGCCGUCACCAAGUUCACCUCCUCCUAGACCACGAUGGUUCUCUGUAACAGUCACCUGUUUAGACCAUGUCGUCUUGUAACUUGCGUUGGUUCUGUGGGAACACACUGUUUCAUUACCUCAUGAAAUGGUAAUGGUGCUUCUUUGAUCUGUGUCAUGGUUAUGUAUCAUGUUCAGUUCU